UAAAUUUGGAGCAUGAAACUUUCAUAUUUAGAUCGUUUCCUCAAAUCAGCCACUUUGUAUUCCCGCAAAAAGCUGCUGGUAUUCACCGUGCCAAGACAGUAGGCGCCAAAAGAAAAAAGAUUAUGGAUAAAAGGGAGAAUCGUUAUCGACUGCGCCCCCAUAUGGCGAUGAAAGUUUGCCGGAAAGCGAUUCUUGAUUCGAGAGGGUGUGAAUUAUGAAUCUGCACGUUCCGCGAGACAAGAUAAAGUACAAUGUAACGAAAAGCUAUUUCUUCGGGAUAAAAAGAAAUUCCCAGCAGGGACCGUCGCGUGUCUUUCCACGGCGCAGAUAAUACAAUAUAACGAUAAGAGAAGAAAAAUACGAAGCCAGGUAGAAGUGUACUCACGUACAGUUGCGAAAUUCAAUUUCGAAAGACUGACCCAAAAAAAAAACACAAUGGAUCUGCGAAUUUAGCUGUCGUCCGAAGUUACGACAGUUGACCCGACAAAAAACGGUGCGUGCUGCAGGAAAUUUGUGGUCUCAGCAACUUUUCCUUGAUUAAUUCACGCGUUUUCUGAACGCGGGUCGCAGUUUUGAUUGUACCUCCGGACGAUUGACAACGAGAUAACAAUGGCGAAAUGGAUACUGGUGUUAUCGGUGGCUGUGUUAACGAGAAACGGGAUGGCCGAUAUCUUGGUACAGCCUGGAUAUCAACCCCAGCAGCAUCAUUCAAUAAUAACCCAACCUCCUGAAACUAUGCAAUAUGUGAACAAAGAUCAUCCACAACAACCGAAAUCCGCGGAUUACCAUUUGGAGUUUCAUCCAGUUUACACGGAUUCCUAUCACGUCCCUGCUGAUGCUCUGCAUCCCCUAUUACAACACUAUCAGCUGAUACCACAGAAUUAUAAUCAACUAAACCCUGGGCAAGUGAGUGAUUUCGGAAUUGUGGGGAUGCCUGCUCCAGCUUCUGCCGAUUAUGUUCCUUUGCCAGUACAUAGCCGGAACAGGCGGUCUGUCGAACCCAGUGCUGCUGGGCAGAGGCAGAAGCGGGAUAAACUCGAUGCUGUGGCCACGAAGUCGUCCCUAGACGAAAAUAUUUCCCCAGUCAUUGAUUUGCAGAGUCUAGAUGGCGAAUCCACCAAAGGUCUCGAUGAGAAGAACGUGAAGGUACGCCAAAGCGACAAUCAACCCAUGACCGAUUCCCUAUUAGGUCUGAAUCCUUCGAACAUGUACCCAAUGUACCAAGAAUAUCGCGUGAUGGAGCCAGCCCUCGAUUCCAACCAGGAAAUUACGAGCAAACAGACGCCGUCCGAAACGAAUGCAGAGGAAACCGUGUUGACACAGCCAGCGUCGCAGUAUCCGGAAGUGUCUUCCACGCCGAUUCAACCCCCUCAAAUAAAACUGGAAAAUCUACAACACGCUAUGCUACUGCAACAACCCGCACCUCAACAACAUCAGACGGAAGUUUUGCAAGGCAUGGAGCAAAGGAACUUCCCCGAUCCCAGACCGAGUUCCGCUGUUUCUCAAUCGAAGGAAGGUGAUGUGAACCAUAACCAGCAUCGCCAGGCGAGGACUCACGGAACAAAGGUAAUCGGUCUGAGCAAAACCAACAAACUGAUGAUCGGAAACUACGGAGGGCUACAUCAUACAAAACUGGUAAAGGGUCACCACAGUCAUGCAGUGAUCGGUACGUUCAAACAAGCAUCGGACACAAGUGACCCUUCCGGUGAUUUCAACGCUCAGGACGACGCAAUAUCGAAUAAUUUAGUAGGAAACAGUGGUCAACAAGUGGUGCAAGUUUAUCAGCUUCCCAACGGCCAGGCAGUAUCUUAUUUACCCAGCACUCAGUACACGAUGCUACCGCAAACUUACAGUAGUAAUUACGUCGUCAAUUACGGCUCUAGUUACCCGUGUUCCUCUUCAUCCUAUCGAAUUUGCGUGCACACCAGCGGAGACGAACCGAUUCGAAUGUAUCAAUUACCGUAAAUCUGGACUCGGCAAAUCAGACUGUUAUUUAUUAUGUUUUAUAUAUAAUAUUUCUAUACAAUGUUUCACGCUUGCAUGCGGUUAUUAUAGAAGUCAAUUACUGU